UCUAUUCAUUCUUCGCUUGGUGUUUCGAGAGUUAAAAAGUGCAGGAAAUUAUAAAUGGCUGACGAUCAGGGACGUGGACGCAGGCGUCCACUUGAUGAUGAUGAACCAUCUACUUCCCGAGGAAGCAGAGAUGAGCCGAGGAGCAAAAUAUUCAAAGACUCUUCUUCGGGUGGAUCGAGAUCGGAUCCUCGUGCACAGCCCUCAAAUUCUGAUUCCCGUGCAGGGGCUUCGAGAUCCGAUCCCCGUGUCGAACGCAGUGGCGCUCCAAGUGAUCGAGAACGAGUCGGAGGUAGCCAGGCACCGGCUGGAGCUACCAGGCAAGAAAGACGUGAUGAAAGUGGUUCGACAGACCGUCGACCAAGGGGUGAUCGCUUCGACAUGGUGGCUACCCGUCCGGCUGAAUUGGUGUCCAAAUUGGGAAAGGAUGGCAGGCCAAUUAGGCUGCAAACGAACUUUUUCCGCCUGAAUACUAAGCCGGAGUGGCGUAUAGUUCACUACUGUGUGGAAUUCGAGCCGAGCAUCGAGAAUCCACGGGUCCGGAUGGGAAUCUUGUCGGAACACGCCAACGUCUUGGGAUCUGGUUACCUUUUUGACGGUUUGCAACUGUUCACCACUCGGAAAUUCGAGCAGGAACUGACCGUGCUGCGUGGAAAGUCGAGACUGGACAUUGACUACACAAUAAGGAUCAAGUGUGUUGGAUUUAUAUCGACUGCGGAGCCCCGCUUUUUGCAGGUUCUAAAUCUCAUUUUGCGCCGAUCCAUGAAGGGCUUAAAACUAGAAUUGGUCGGUCGCAAUUUUUUCGAUCCCCAUGCUAAGAUCGAAAUAAGAGAACACAAAUUGGAACUUUGGCCGGGCUAUGAAACUUCAAUUCGCCAACAUGAAAAAGACAUUCUAUUGUGCACCGAAAUAGCUCAUAAGGUUAUGAGAACGGAAACAGUCUAUGACAUACUGCGUCGUUGUUCACAAAAUCCAUCCAGGCACCAGGACGAAUUUCGUUUGAAUGUUUUGGACCUAAUUGUUCUCACAGAUUACAAUAACAAAACUUACCGUAUCAAUGAUGUAGACUUUGGACAAACUCCAAAGUCAACAUUCAGUUGCAAGGGGAGGGACAUCAGUUUUGUGGAGUACUAUCAGACUAAAUAUAACAUUCGCAUACGGGACCAUAAUCAGCCUCUGUUGAUAUCCAAAAAUAGGGACAAGGCUCAGAAAACUAAUGCCAGUGAAUUGGUGGUUCUUAUUCCCGAGCUUUGCCGAGUGACAGGGCUCAAUGAUAACAUGCGCUCAAACUUCCAGUUAAUGCGAUCCAUGAGUGAGUACACACGGAUGAAUCCCAAUCGACGCAUUGACCGAUUGCGCAGUUUCAACCGUCGCUUGCACUCCACUCCAGAGAGUGUUAAAGUUUUGCGAGACUGGCACAUGGAUCUUGACCAGAACCUUACCGAGGUACAAGGUCGCAUAAUUGAACAGCAAAAGAUUGUGUUCCACCACGGAAAGGUUCCAGCUGGUGAAACCGCUGAUUGGACAAGAAGCUUCCGAGACCAAAAGAUGCUCACCACUCCCAGCGAUGGCAUCGAUCGCUGGGCUAUAAUCGCACCAGAGAGAAACUCUUACGAGCUUAAAACUCUGUUGGAUAAUUUGUUUAGGGCUGCUAAUGGAAUGGGUCUUAAAUUUAGGAGCCCUCAUGAAGUCAAAAUUUAUGACGAUCGAACGGGAACUUAUGUGCGAGCUAUGGAUGAUUGUGUUCGCAUGGAUCCCAAACUUAUCUUAUGCCUUGUUCCUAAUAACAACGUUGAAAGAUACUCGGCGAUUAAAAAGAGAGGAUAUAUUGAUAGAGCUGUGCCAACCCAAGUGGUCACUAUUAAGACAGCUAAGAAUCGUGGCCUCAUGAGCAUUGCCACCAAGAUAGCAAUCCAAUUGAAUUGCAAGUUGGGAUACACUCCCUGGAUGAUCGAGUUGCCAUUGUCGGGCUUGAUGACCAUUGGUUUUGACAUUGCGAAGAGCACACGUGAUCGCAAGAGGGCUUACGGAGCCUUGGUCGCCUCCAUGGAUCUUCAGCAGAACUCCACGUACUUCAGCACUGUCUCGGAGUGCAGUGCCUUUGAUGUGAUGUCCAACACCCUGUGGCCAAUGAUGGCCAAGGCACUGCGCCAGUAUUCGCGGGAGCAUAAGAAGUUGCCAACGCGUAUAGUGUUUUAUCGGGACGGCGUAAGCUCCGGCUCGCUAAAGCAGCUAUUCGAGUAUGAAGUAAAGGAUAUUGUGGAGAAACUGGACGCUGAAUACAAGCGGGUCGGUGCUGAUCCACCGCAGUUGGCCUACAUUGUGGUCACCAAGUCGAUGAAUGCGCGUUUCUUCGCCAACGGAGGCAACCCCCCACCGGGAACUGUAGUCGAUGACGUUAUAACUCUACCAGAGCGUUAUGACUUUUAUCUGGUCUCGCAGCAAGUGCGUCAGGGUACAGUGUCGCCGACCAGCUACAACGUGGUUUAUAGCAGCAUGGGCAUCAGUCCGGACAAAAUGCAGAAGCUCACCUACAAGAUGUGCCAUUUGUACUACAACUGGUCGGGCACCACACGUGUGCCGGCCGUUUGCCAGUAUGCCAAGAAACUUGCUACCCUUGUGGGCACAAACUUGCACGCCAUUCCACAGAAUGCACUUGAAAAGAAAUUUUAUUAUCUAUAAAUAUGUAUACCUAAGUUCUAGAGUUGAGCCCGAACAGGCAGUGAAAGAAACUAGCCUUUUUUGUUUUACGAAUAUUAUCUUAUUUUUUUUACGUAUAAAAGUUUCUAAUUUUGCACAAAAAUUUAUUCGAAAUACCUUUGGGUAGACAACCUAUUUAAUAACACUUUCUGCUUACU